AUGGAAUACUGGAAGGCGUAUCGGACACUACGACAUGCUCGUCAAUUGGUCAGGGGUAGUCUAGAGAGUGGUUAUAUGCAGCUAAAUACUUACUUGUACAUGUUAAAGAGGGCAAAUUCAGGAACAUAUACGCAGCUUGAACUUGAUGAUGCUGAUAGAUUUAACUACUUGUUCCUAGCAUAUGGUGUAAGCUUGAAUGGAUUUCCUUUCAUGAGGAAAGUGUUGGUUGUUGAUGGUACGUUUUUACAAGGAAAAUACAAAGGGACACUUCUGACGGCAACAUCUCAAGAUGGCAAUUUUCAGAUAUUUCAAAUAGCAUGGGCCGUGGUUGAUACCGAAAAUGAUGAAUCAUGGGACUGGUUUUUCAAGCAACUCGGGUGUGUGAUAUCAAAUGACGAAGGUCUAGCCAUAAUUUAUGAUAGGCACAAAUCUAUUGGAAAAGCAAUUAAGGAGGUUUAUUCGAAAUCUAGCAGGGGAAUAUGUACAUACCAUUUGUACAAAAAUAUUUUGGUUCGAUUUAAAGGUUGGGAAGCAUUUGGUUUGGUUAAGAAGGCGGCAAGUGCUUACAGAGUAGUCGAUUUUCAGUCCAUUUUUGAUCAGAUUGAAGCUUUGAAUCCUGCACUUCAUGAUUACCUUGUCCAAGCUGAUGUGCGACUCUGGACACGUGCACAUUUCCCUGGUGAUAGGUACAACUUGCUUACUAGUAACAUUGCAGAAUCAAUGAAUACGAGUCGUGUAGAGUAUGCUAAGCUACUUACUGUGCAAGAUAUAGAUGCUAAUCAAGUACAAGUUACAAGUGGAUCAUCUCUCCACGUUGUAAAUUUGAAAUAUAGAAGGUGUACAUGUCGCAGGUUUGACUUGGAGAAGUUGCCUUGUGCACAUGCGAUUGCGGCUUGUGAAAAGAGGAAAACAUCUCGAAUAAGGAUGUGUCAUCCUUAUUUCCGUAGAAUCUACUUGUGUGAUUCCUAUGCAACUGCCAUCAUGCCAAGAGAUUUUGGUACACCAGUUCCUGAACAAGUUGCAAGCAAGGUUGCUUUACCACCGAUACCUAAAAACAAACCUGGAAGGCCAAAGAAUUUAAGAAUGAAGUCUGCUUUGGAGAUUGCGAUGAAAAGGAAAAAGCCAAGAAAACAAUACACUUGUGGUAAUUGCAAUCAAGUAGGACAUAAUCGAAAGACAUGUAAUAACUAG